AGUUGGAGGCCAGAGCCAGACCCCUAGGGCAGAGGGCAAACGGCUCCUCCAGGAGGGAGCCGGGAGAGUAGGCAGCUCCAUGUAGGUCCACAUUUAGGCUGGGAAGACCCACCAUGAAGAAGGUCAAGAAGAAAAGAUCAGAGACCAGACGCCACCGAGACUCCACCUCACAGCAUUCUAGCUCUGACUCCAACUCACAGCAGCCUAGCCCCGAUGUCACUUCACAGCAGCCCAGCCCUGAAUCCACUUCACAGCAGUCUAGCCUUGAAUCCAGCCCCCAGCCGACUCCAACCCAAGACCUUCCAGCUCCUGAAAUCCGCCACUCCUCUCCAUGCCUGUUAUCUCCAGACGCUAACCCCACGGCAGCCCCUCAAUCCAGGAAGACAGGGCCUCUGACUCACGCGGGCCCACAGUCCUGCAUCUGUGCCACUUGUCCCUGCAGCUCUGCUUGCUGGUGUCGUCUGGGGCUGUACCACAACCGCAUCUUUGAUGUCCUUCUGCCUCAGGACUGGCAGACUGUGCCAGGGAGAGGACUCCCAAACCUCCUCACCUUCUACAGAAGACCUUCAAUUAAACCCUCCAGUCCUCAUGACUCCCGUUCUCCAAGCCCUCGGGACUGUUGUUGUGCUUCUGGGGGCCCUGGGAGCUGCCUACUACACCAUUGAAUCCUUGUGAAUAAGCCCCCAGGCCAACGGCCCGGCAG